ACGAACUAUCUUGCGUGUGAAGCGGGUUGAGAACUUGGCUGCCAGUCCUGACGACAGCACACGCCUGACUAUUUCGGUCUUCUUCGUUUCGUAAAAGCAGUAGACGGGCAGGCGGAUAGAAUCGGCGUCUAUGACUUCGGCGAACUUCUGCACUCGCUGGAGAACUAAAUCGUGUUUCCGAUCCAGGUCCUGCACCAGGCGGUCCGACGUAUCCUCCCCCAUGAUGCCGCCGACGAUCACCUGCCACUGGGCGUCCCGGCGGGCAUCGGCGCCCUGGAAGGGGGUGGCGAGAAAGACGAUGCCGGCGGUCGAAUGAAGGACCUGGCGGUAGCGACUGCCCUCCUGGGCGGCUCGAGUCAAGGCCUCGGCCAGGACGAGCCCUCCGAAGCAAGACGCAACGAAUAUGACCGGCCGCUUCGAAACCGACUGGUUCUCUUUCGCGUGGGCAAGGAGGGAGUCGGCGUGGCCCAGGAGAGUCUGUACUGGCGCAUCUUCGAAGUAGUUCGCAUCCCAGUCGUAUGUGAAUAUGCUGGCCUCGGGCACGGCCGCUGGUGCAUUGUCUGGUCGGCGAGCCAAUUGACCUCGCACCCGUCCUUUUUCUUGAACACCCACGUUCUCGGCGAUUGCGUGCCGAGGCCGUGGAUGGCGAUAAUGCUAGCAGGCGUCAGGCGGGGCGCAUUCCCAAAGCUGUCCGUGGGCAGCCUAGCACUUACUCGAUGGUGGAGGUAUUGCUCGUAUCGGGUGGCCACACUUGGCGGAGGCCCAAGCCACGCUCGUGGGUCCUGGUGGCCUGCGCGACGGGUUAAUACGGACCGCGUGUGGGGAAGGGCUAGCAUACCAUAAGCUUGGGGGGACUCUAACUCUGCCUACGAGCUUCCUGGAUUGCAAAUAAUAGAAAUACUGAAUGGCUCCAGCGAGGCAUGGUAGGAACAGUCGAACGGGAGCUUGUUCUUAAUGAGGGGAAGGUAAUAAUGCGUGGCCAAGCG